AUGCCUAUGAAUCCUACUGAAAAGGAGCGUCAUCUGGCCCGAGCUGUGUGCAUGGGGGGAGAUGUGAAAGUCCUUGCUGGCAUCGACGUAGGCUAUGAACAAGCCCUCCUGAGGCUUAUGUAUGGUGAUGAGGAACCAUCAGCGUUAACAACGGCAUCAAAGAGUAGUAAUCCGAGAAAGAAGAGGCCAGCCAUACUACCGGCUGAGCCUAUGGAUAAAAGGCAGAGACUGGCUCUACCUCUAUCUAUGAUGGAAGGCCACAAUGGGGAGUAUCUUGAUAAAGUACCCUUAGCCGAGGAUACUGUGAAAAGGAGGCUGAUUAGCAGGACGGCAUAUCGUGGGGGUGUGUCUAAGGAAGCAUGCAAUGCUAUAAAAGCUGUGGCAUGGACAUUAAUUUCUAGCUUGGCUGGACUAAUCUUGGAGGACAAGAAGAAUCUGGAUGCAGCAAAGCAUCGUUGUAGCCAGAGUAGUAUGAUGCAGGAUGAUGUAUCAGGAUCAAUAGGAGGAUCAGGAUCGUGCACCAAGGUCGUCACAGACACACGACCUGCUUUGUCAAUGCUUGCUACUCUCUCAGCGAAGGAUCGAUCAACGUCCUCGUCGUCCAGUAUCCAAUUGAGAGAGGUGUCAACGGAAUCCUCUCUCUUGGACUGCUCAGUAGAUACCGAUAUUCUAAUGGGCCAGGACGACCGGAUCACAGCCGCCCAUGUGUACUACACCUUGAAUCUAAUACAAGGACGGUUUUCGGGUCCAUGCACUCUGCGGCAGUUACCUUUAAAAAUACCUAGACAGUUCUGGCCUGUCUGGUUAGCUAGAGCUCAUCAUAAGCUUAUCCAACUGUACAUUCGUCAGUCUAGUAUGACAGAUAUCGCUACGCAACCGCCAUUACCAUUAUCAUCAUCAUCGUCCACCUCGUCCUCCUUGGGUGCUUCUGGUGCUGCUGGUGGUAUCGGUUGA